UCCGGUGAAAAUGGAUAGUCUGCUUUUUUUGAUUUUGUGUCUUGUAUCAUUAUUCAUAGCAAAUUAUGCAAUGGGCAGUCCUGAUUUUAGGAUUCCUUUGUAUUCAACUAAAACACCUUAUUUCUGGGGAAAAGAUAUAGAUGAAUUCAUACGAGAAGAUGAGGAAAUUUGGGUUGAUUAUGACAAUAAAGAAUGUCAAAUUAUUCAUUUGAACUUAAUUCUUAGACAUGGGUCUAGAUCACCUACUUUAUCUUGGAUAAAGAAAAUGACAGUACUUGGAAAUAUCCUAAAGAGCAACCCUGAGGUCAUUGAAAGAUUUCCAUUUCUUAAUUCAUGGGAAAAUCCAUUCCCAGAAACACAGGCUGGUCAUUUGUCUGACCUAGGAGAAGAUGAACAUUUUUCACUAGGGAGGAGAUUUGGGCGAAGGUUUAGUUUACUAUUUACUGGUGAUUUGGAAAACAUUCUCUAUGGUGUCACAUAUAAGCAGCGAACACAGGCAAGCUGUGCUUCAUUUUACGAGGGUUUGACUGACACAUUGGAUGGGGAAUCACUGAAAAAUGUGAAGCCUGCAAUAAAUGAUAAACUCCUGAGGUUCUUUGACACUUGUUCCAAGUACAUUAAAUCAGUUGAAAAUAAUAAAACAGCUGCCCCAGAACAUACUUCAUUUAAGUAUGGUCCUGAAAUGCAAAGAAUUGCUCAAAAGAUUGCUGACAAACUUGGACUAAAGACUUUAAAUUCAGAAGAAGCCCAGACAAUUCACCAUUUAUGUGCCUUUGAGCUAGCAAUGUUUGAUAAGUCUGACUGGUGUGAUAUGUUAGAAAAGGAAGAUUUAUUUAUUUUUGAAUAUCUUUAUGAUUUGAAGCAAUACUGGAAUAGAGGUUAUGGUCACUCAGUUAACUGGGGAAUGUCAUGUCCAUUUAACAGCAAUGUAUUCAAACAGUUAAAUGAUGUCAUCUAUAAAGCUAGGAAUGGUGAAGAUUAUAAUGUGGCAGAUAUACAGUUUGCACAUGCAGAAACUAUCAUUCCAAUAUUUACAGCAUUUGGUUUAUUUAAUGAUUCUGUUCCACUAAAAGCUGAUAAUUAUGAAUCUCAAAAAGAACGACAAUUUAGAACAAGUAAGAUAGUACCAAUGUCUGCCAGUUUUGGCAUAGGACUAUACCAGUGUGAGGCCAGUGAAAAUACAGAAGAAGAGGUUUAUGUUGUUAGAAUGUUCGUCAAUGAAAAGCCUAUUGUAAUACCUGCAUGUGAACAGGAAAUAUGUGAAUAUAAACAAUUUAUGAAGUAUUAUGAUGACUUAGUCAAUUGUAAUUAUGCAGAAAUAUGUGAGAAUAACAAACUUCAUGAUGAAUUGUGAUGAAGGCUUCCCAAUAAUGAGGAAAUUAACACAUCAGUCUCAGUCUCAGGAAAAGUAAUUAACUGCUUUAUUCCAAUUCAAAUGUAGUAUUUGAAGAGUAAGAUACACUCUUGAAUUUAUUGCAUUUUUGGAAAUAUCAAAGACCAUUAUGAUCUUUUUUCAACUUUUGCAAACAAAUUACUGCUAAGAUUUUUCUAUAAUUUAAAAACAACAGGGAGAAGAAAACCUAAGGGGGCUAUAGACAGUUUCGUAAAAAAAACUAGGGGUUAUUCCCUGACUAAAAAUAGACAUGGAGGGAAGUCCCUUUUUAUCAACAUAAUUGGUGAAAAAGUAUCAUGUUUUUUGUAUUUGAUUGUAAAAAUAAGUUAAUUAGCUUUAAUUAAGACAGGUUGAAUGAUUAAAAAGAUUUUAAAAAAUUAGAUUAAAUACACAUGUUUUGAGGGGAGACAAACUGUAAACAUCCUGUUUUUUUGGCAGUGAAAAGUGCAAAACUUAUUUGCACCCACUGUAGCUCUUUUCGGAGCAGGCGAACAUAGCCUGAAGCAUAAAUUUUUAGAAAGACCAGGUAAAAACCUAUG